GUAGAGCACGGAGUUGUAUUCGUAUCAAUGAGCGAAUAUUUUUAAUGAUAUAACUUUCCACUGUGCAAACACACUGUAGCGAAUGUGCAUUGUGUAACUAUGGAUUAUAAUGUAUUUAACCCUUUCAUAUUAAUAGCAUGUAAUAUUUCACAAAAUAGGCCACAUUAUGUUUCGCAACAGCGAUAAUGCAUUCGCUCCAUGUAUUGCCUUUCUCGUUUCGACCAAUUUGAUAACGUAUCGUUUCCGGUUUGCCGAGAAUGCUCUAUAAUAUUGUGUUUCUUGUUUCACUCGAUUUAUGACUUGUGAUCUGACCGUAAUCUUACUGCAUUAGGAAUUAAGUGUAUACAAUUUUAUCUGUAUUUGGAAUUUGGAUCGUGCAUCUUUUCAAUAAUAUACAACAAUUCGACAAUCAUCAUCGUGUGCUUAUUAUCGUCUGAGGGAAUCCAGAUUGGAGUCACAUUCCAUAACACGUGAAAUUAAUAACGUGGGAAUCGAACUUUGAAUAUUAGGGUGAACAGUCUUUAUUCCUAAGACCGCACUACGUCUCCCUAUAACACCAUUCGUUGAAUCAAUAUAAGUACAAUGGUGUGAUAACCGUUUGGUUUUCUUGUAGUAGAGCCCACAUUAUAACUUUCCAAUGUGUAGACACACCAUUCGUUGAUGUGCUAUAAGUACAGUAGUGUGAUGACCGUUUGAUUUUAUUGUAGUAGAGCCCAAUUUUACUUUACUAUUGAACACAGAAGAUUUCGGUAAGAACAACAUGGUGCAGUAUAAGUUAUAUUAUUUUGAUGCUCGUGGCAAUGCUGAAAUUAUACGUCUGAUAUUUGCAUAUUCGGAUGUUAAAUAUGAAGAUGUGAGAAUACCAAGAGAAGAAUGGCCUAAGCAUAAAUCAGAUAUGCCUCUAAGACAGCUUCCAGUCUUGGAAGUCGACGGAGUCAAACUUUGCCAAUCUGCAACGCUGAAUCGUUACAUGGCAAGGGAAUUUGGGUUAAUGGGAAAAACGAGCAAAGAUGCAUAUUACAUCGAAAUGUUUUGUGACUCAAUAAUGGAAAUUGUAUGGAAAUAUCCCUUUAUGGAGGAAGACGAAAAAAAGAAGGCAGCUCGAGCCGAGGAAUUUAAAAAAACGACUCCUGAAUCCUUGUCUAGACUUCAGAAAAUGAUUGAGAAAUGUCCCCAUGAGGGAGAGUGGAUAUUUGGAACGUUUACACUCGCCGAUCUCUAUUUGUUCACGUUUGGAGAUUUUGUGUUGCCGGUUUGCAACGACAUAUUUUCUAGUGUUCCUGAGAUGCAGAAAAUAUACGAAAAAGUGAAAAGUCUUCCCAAGAUUGCCGCUUGGAUUGAAAAGAGACCAGUGACAUUUCUUUAAUUGAAAUAUAUUGGGACAGCAUGAUGAUAUUAAUUGAUUGUUAUAGUGCAUUUAUAUGUUUCUGUAUUGAAUUGCACGACUACAAAUCACUUCUUCCGAACUAACAAAAUAAUGUUUCAGUAGUAAUGCAUUAAUUCACAAUUUUUGUAGUAAAAUAUUACGAACUGGCUUUCAAUAGACUUUUUCA